UAAUGUUACAUCAUGGAGAAAAUAACUAUGUUGUUAAUCUAUGAUCCAUGUUUCAAAACACAAAUGUGUAAAUCAACCACAAGUUUCUUGACUGACCUUGAUAGUGAUUAUAUAUCAUAAUUAUGUUUGAUAUUUGAUAACAUAACCAAUAAGAGGCUACUAGAGUGUGAAACAAUAUUUGUUUCAUUUUUCUCAUGGGCUUUAUCGAUGAUGAAUUACAAGAAAUAUCAAAACUUUGUCAAAAUGUUGUUGAUGGUAGUCGCCUCGUUUCUUGUGUACGCACGAUGGUGCGAGUGGAAAUAACAAAAACAAAGUUCAAAACAAUUGUUGCGUGCAUCCAAUUUUCUAAAGACUAUCCCUAUACUCCAUUAUUAAUUGAAUUGAAAAGCAAAACUCUAUCUGUGAAAUUGCUUGAUGGUUUAACAGAAGUCUGUGAAAAGGAAUGCAAAAAAUUAUUAGGAAAAGCUCAGGUGUUGCCAAUAUUAAAAUUCAUUCGUAACUUUAUUGAUGAAAAUCCAUUAAUUUGUUGCUAUGAUGAAAUCUCAGCCAUAAAAAAUAUUUUAGAAAAUAGUGAUGAAUUAAAAUUGAAACAAAAACAUUCUUGUAUUGGUUUGAAAGUUCAGCAAGGAUUAUAUUAUUUCAAGGCUAAAAUUGAAGUACCAGAUAAUUAUCCAAUUGCUUGCGUAAAAUUGGAAGAUGCGGAUACAAAUUUUCCUCCAUUGUUUACACGUCACUUCAUUGGUCAAGGAAAAGAAUUAGCUAGACAAUGUGUAGAACCACCACUUAAUAAAAAACAACAAAUACCUUUUACACCUUCACCAUCCUUAAAAGUUGUUACUACUUUCCUUAUAAAGUGUGUAAAAACAUUACCACAAGAACGUUGUCAAUCAUGCAGACAAAUAUGUUUGCCAGCCAAUCCAGAAAAUGCAGAAAUAAACGAAACUGCAAAUAUGCAUGUAGAAAGACUUUAUUGUGGACAUUUGUUUCAUUUACAAUGUCUUGUAACAUUCAUGAAAACUCCUCCAUUCCAUGGGGGUAAAAAAUGUCCAACUUGUGGACAACGUAUUUAUCACGAAAAAUGGGGAGUAAGCGAUAAACUUGCGGAAGAACGUUGGGCACAUCAACAAGCCCGAGCAAGAGAACUAGCAGAGGUAGAAGAUUUCUUCAAUUGAAAUCGAUAAUUUUAUUUGAAUCAUAUCUUAAUAAGUGGUAUUCCUACAUAAAAUGCAAUAUCAUAAUGAUUCAUUAUCAUGGAUAAGAGUUUAAAGAAAAAAAAAA